AGCUCUCCCACUUUCUUAUCUGUGCACUCUGCUGAAACGGAUCAGUUGCCAUACCAAUACCACCAUCAUGUCUCAUAAAUCUCUAGGUAGCUGAGCGUCAGUGCGCGGCGGCGCUCGCGCUCUCAGCAGCGUCAUUCAACCACCUCUAUCAAAGCAGCAGGGACAGGGCGCUGCAGGAUAUCACUGCUCCAGGUCACUGUCCAGCAACCAAAAAAAAGAAGUUCUCUCAGGUCUGCUAUGAUGGAGGACGAGUCGCGCGCAGAGGAGACACCGGAAACUGCAGUUUAGUAACAUCAUGUACUGAGGCAGAUGGUGAAAGAUUCCUUGCCCAUGUCUCUCUCAGCUAACAGAAGGCCGUCUGCCGGAACUCGCAGACGGCCUGCUGCUACAGCCAAUAGCCGACAGCCUCACACACAUGCAGAUUCCUCCAUCAACAGCACUUGCUCAACAUCGUCCUGCAAAGGCGCAGAAAUCAGUAACAAAUCACGAUCGCACCCAGCUACCCCUCGACGGCAGGCGAAGUACGGAGGCUGUAGUGAGAAUCACGGGAUUCGUCCUCCUGCUCCCGAGCAGUAUCUCACCCCCCUGCAGCAGAAGGAAGUGUGUAUCCGUCACUUGCGCGCCCGGCUGAAGGAGAACGUGGAGAGAUUGCAGGACAGGGACUCUGAGAUCGGAGAGUUGCGCAUGCAGUUGACGCGCAUGCAGGAAGACUGGAUUGAAGAGGAGUGCCAUCGUGUCGAGGCUCAGCUCGCGUUGAAGGAAGCUAAAAAAGAGAUCCGGCAACUCCAGCAGGCCGUGGAAGCCGUCCGCUCCAACCUGAGCCACCAUGACUCGGAUCCACAGGAGUGUAAGUCUGAUGGAGCGAGUGGAGUCAGGAUGGAGACGCGAUCCAGAGCUUCGAGGUCAUGCGGCUGCUCUCCAGCUCACACCAUCGGUCGCAGUGCCACCUUUGCAAGGCUGAGCAGUGAGACAUUGCCUGGGAUCGACCGCAAUGGAAACGUAACCUCCGAGCACCGCGUUCACCCCAUUCCCGCCAACCGAGGAGCUGCGACUUUACCAAGAGGUGACGGACGCCCCCGUCUCAUCCUGGAGGCGGCGCUUCUAUCUGAGCAGGCCCCACCCACGAUGCUGUGCUCCACCCUUUCGCGCUCGUCCACCUACGAGAAACUGUGUAGCGGCGAGACGGUCGUGCCCGUAGGCCGACCCUGCCGUAUGGUUAACAACAACUGCAGCUGUGCACUGCAUGCCUGCCUUCCUCAUCACCAUCUUUUUUUGCAUCUUCCUCAGCAGGAAGUGCCACCUCCCCCGUCUCCGACUCCACCACCAGCGCCACCUAGUGCAUCCGAGACGAGCGAUAAGCCUGGAUUCAGAUCACAAGCCUGCAGCCCGACCAUCACUUGGAUGUCACCAGAGGAAGAGGAGGAAGAUGGUGAAGAACUGAGCGUCAUCACUUUAGCCACAACGGCGCCGGACGUCACUCUUGCUGAACCGCAAACAGUUUCAGUGUCUUCCUCCACCCUCUUGUCUACACAAAAAUCUUACCUCGCUGAGCCUUUACCACCAGACAACCUCGUGCAGUCCUCAAAAACAGCUUCACAGACGGUGUUGACUAUGCCACAGGUCCAGCAACCCAGUCUUCGGUCGCCUCCGUCACCUGAGCAGCCACCACAGGUCAAUGAAUUAGACGGAGCUGCUGGAGCAACCGAGGAAGAGGAGGAGCAAGAAGAUGAUCCUUCCAGCUGUCACUGGAGCAGCUACUUCCUUGUUGAUCUGCUAGCCGUAGUGGUCCCAAUUGCACCGACUUUGGCGUGGCUUUGUCGAGGAGGGCAACGUGACGUCAUGCCGGCGUACCACAUGGGCUCCCUGCUGCGCGGCUGUUGCGCCGUGGCACUUCAUUCACUGAGACGUGCUGGCAACACUCGUAGUCGAGGGCCGCCUGGGACAGGGGGCGCAACAGCAAUCUAAAUAUCUGCCCUAGACUUCGUCUUGGUGUGUUUCUUUUUCAGUUAUAUUUAAUAGACAUACUAAUUAUUAAGCUUACAAUGAUAUAAAUUAUGGUUGCAUCAAGCUAAAUGUAUAGAAAAAGAACUACAACCUGAAUUUCCCCUCCCAUUUUUUUUCCUAAUUUCCCAAUCCCCACCCUCUAGCCGGCUUUCUAAAAUUAUAUGCAAGCUACUAAUUGGUGAAAAUAUCUGAGAUUUCAGUGUCCGAAAUCAGACAUUCACAAUUCCCGCUCAUGCUGUGUCACAUGGCAGCGUAACACACUCAGAGGAAAGUACUGCCCACCCUCUUCCUCAUACAUGAGCUCACAGACAGCCAGGAUUGGCUAGUCUCCUUACGAUUGACAGCAUGUCAGCCCGCCCACUCUGAGACGCCCAAUCACAGUUGGCCGUGCUCUUGUAGGGAUUUGAACUCGCAAACUCCAGACAAAAGGGUGAACAAUUUUCACCUUUUAAUUUUAAAACAAUGAAAUUUUCAAUACACUAAUCUAGAAAAAGAAGCGAAAUUUUUAAUAUAAAUUUGAAGAACUGAAUUUGAAAUGGGUUGCAUCACCAAAAAUUUCAUUAGAAUGUUCCAAUCUAAUCUAAUCUCAUGUGAAAAGUAGUUCAAUAAAAACCAAUCAAUUCAGAUAAAAUUAGUUUUCAGCUUGCAACACCACAAUUCUCAUUCCAUAUUCAUCCUGUAAAGCCAAGAUCUCCAUUUUAAUUUCACUCACAUAUCCAUGAGUUGUUUCAGUGCUCUUGCUCUUUUGCUAAUUUCCACCAAUUGUCCUGUUUCCUUCUUUCCUCUCAGUGGAUUCUCUCCUCCUGUCCGCCCCGUUUGCUCCUGUUCCUGCCUUUGAGUCCGGCAAGAAUGCGCAGAUCCAAAAUGGCAGAUCUCUGCCAAGAACACUGGGAUAUAAACAGUACCUCAAUAUCUUUGAUGUUAAAACAAGGGAGCAAAGGCUGUAGAAUUUGCAGAGUGUAGCAGGUCUCUGGGUUUGGUGUGUUUAGCCUGCAUCUGUAUCUGGCUAUUCCUCAUUCAUAUGAGCGUGUUCAUCCAAGCAUGAAACCCAAUACCACUGUUUUGAUUCAAGGGGGAAAAUAAAAGAGGGAGGCUUGUGUAAGAAAGUGCUUGCUUGGCUUGGAUAAAAGAGCGGCUUAUGGGUUUUUUUUCAGAAUGUAGCAGGCUCGCUCGUGUAAGCUUAUUUUUAAAUUAUUUGUAUAAGACGACGCAAUCUCAGGCCGAAUUCUGACUCUAGAUAUAGAUUAUACGUUAUUUGAAAAAAGACCCCCAGCGAUGGGUCAAGCUAGCUUUAAAAGACGUUUCAUUUGGGAGUGCAUCUGUUCCAUCCUGUAGUAGAUCGCAGCUCAGCUCAGUAGUAGAUUUGGGUGUAGUGCAUUCGAUCUGACCUACUGUUCCUCUUUGCCGUUUUGUCCACCUGAAAUCUCCUGUAAAAUCUUUCCUCUCAGUUUAGCACUUUAUAGCAGAGCAUUAAAUGAAAUUCAGGGCUGUGUUGCAUGUCAUCGAUAUGAAAUUAUGCAUUUAAGAGUUUAUAAUUGUGUGUUCUAUCAAAGCCAUGCACUCCAGAAAGGAAUUUAUAUCAGGGAUGUCAGACCAACCCAUGUGCUCCAUGAAGCCUGGUUCGAGUGCAAGUUAGCUCGGUUUUUCCGCUAGACAAGACUAACGAUCUAUGUCUAUUUUAAUAAACACCACCACAUUUUAGCAACAGCAUUUUCCUGUAUCUGCAGUGGAACCUCCUUCAGAAUUGUAGACGAUAUCAAGGCUUGAAAGGGUUUUUUGGGGGGAAAAAGCCUGCAUUCUGUUCUGUAAACAGACAUGAUUUGAAAAUAAAACGUGACUUGAAAAACCGA